AUUUGUCAGGGUCUUUGGAUUCACGGAUUCGUUACGCUGGUAUUACCGAUCGGUUUUCGAACGACAACGAUAUACCAUAAGGCAAUUGAGCAUGAAAGUGGUGUGCUUGAUUUUCGAAUUCCUGACGGUGGUACAACUGCUGGUCGAAGCUCAGAGUGGACAUGUGCAGGAGGCGAGAAGGGAGAUAUGGGACGCAAUGGGUCACCAUCGGCACCACCACAAUCACCCGUAUCACGGUUCACAUUGGGUGGAUGGACGGCGGGUGCAUCGCCUUCGGAUGCCACACCAACAACGAUGGAGUGGGCGGCGGCGAUCGCUCAAUCACCACCAGCCCUUCAGCCGGUGGUCACAGUGGUCACCAUGCGACGAGGAGUGCGUCAAGCGGCGGGAGCGAUUCUGCAAGGUUAAGCGGAAGUGUGGCCACACCAAGCACGUGGAGCAAAGCAAGUGCCGGCAUUGUCAUCCGGCACCUACUAUAAAGUGGCAACAGCCUUUAAUUUUAGACGAUAGCCACUUCCGCGAGAGGAACCCUCCACCUCCGCCUCCACAACCACAACCGCAGCCACAACCACAUCCACCACCUCCACCGCCUCCAUCAAUAAUAAUAAAUGCAGCAGCGGCUGCUUCAAGUGGACCGACCGUGGAUUAUCGAUAUACCGAGUACAAACCACCACCAAUUUCUGCACCAACUUAUCCACCAGUUUAUGCACCAACCUAUCCUCCACUUCAUCCACCGACUCAUCCUCCAACUCAUCCUCCAACUCAUCCGCCGACUCCUCCUUCGAAAUCGGUUGAGAUGGUUCGUCACCUGCCAAAAUACCCCGGAAAAGAUGUAUAUAGUGAGGAGGAUGUGGAAGAAGAAUCUGAACCUGACCCCGAACCCGAAGAAGAUUUGAUAAGCUCCGACGAACAGGGUGACUUCUUUGUACUCAAGCAUCAUCGUCACAGGAGACGGCAAAAUAACCACAAAAAACCAUCCCAUAGAAAACCUCUAAACGAGGACUAUGACGACGAUGACUUCGUGGACUUUGGCGAAAGAAAGUCCCUAAGACCCAGAAAUAUGGGUGAUGAUAGUAGUGUGGAGGGUGAUGUCUUCCAGUACGAGGACUUCGAUUUGCCGGAUCCUAACUACACGGACUCUGAGGAAUCAGAGACCGAAUUCCGUAACAUCAGCUGGGUACAGCCGCCCAAAGAUGGAAUGGGUCUAAGGAGACGAAGGGUCUAUUCCAAGUGGAGCCGAUGGACCAAGUGCUCGCCAAAGUGUACAACACGGAGAUAUAAAAAAUGCCGGAUCAAUGAUCAGUGUGGACGGGAGGUACUCCGUGAGAUUGCCUACUGCUACACGGAGGGCAGUUUCUGCCAGCAGUGGCUGCAGACGCAGUUCCAGAAAACACCCGCCUUCGAGACCAGACCGGGAUCCGGGUCACCGGCCAGCGCCAUGAGGAGGAUGCAGUCCGAGCAGCCGGAAGUGUCCAUGAAUGACCUGAACUACAUAAUGACCGGAAAGGGUUAUCGCGGACCCGAGUACACACCUCUCAAGCUGAACUGCGGCAUUGUACGCAGCGGAACUGGACGCAGGAGCAUGUCCAACAUGCUGAAGAUCAUCGGAGGUCGGGCGGCGAGGAAGGGCGAAUGGCCAUGGCAGGUGGCCAUCCUGAAUCGCUUCAAGGAAGCUUUCUGCGGCGGCACUCUUAUUGCUCCGCGUUGGGUUCUAACCGCCGCCCAUUGUGUAAGGAAGGUGCUCUAUGUUCGCAUAGGUGAACAUAACCUAAACUAUGAGGAUGGUACAGAGGUGCAACUUCGGGUAAUGAAGAGUUAUACACAUCCCAACUUCGAUAAGCGAACGGUGGAUAGCGAUGUGGCAUUGCUCAGGUUACCUAAGGCUGUUAAUGCCACCACUUGGAUUGGAUACUCCUGCCUGCCGCAGCCUUUCCAGGCGCUACCCAAGAACGUGGAUUGCACAAUUAUUGGAUGGGGAAAGCGUCGCAAUCGGGAUGCCACUGGGACCAGUGUGCUUCACAAGGCCACCGUUCCCAUUAUUCCAAUGCAGAAUUGCCGCAAGGUUUACUAUGACUACACUAUUACUAAGAACAUGUUUUGUGCGGGUCAUCAGAAGGGUCACAUCGACACUUGUGCCGGAGAUUCUGGCGGUCCUCUCCUUUGUCGGGAUACCACCAAACCCAACCAUCCGUGGACCAUCUUUGGCAUCACCUCGUUCGGCGAUGGAUGCGCCCAGCGAAAUAAAUUUGGCAUCUACGCCAAGGUUCCCAACUACGUGGACUGGGUGUGGUCGGUUGUUAACUGCAAUGGCAACUGCAAGAUGCAGUAGCAUCUCGGCGGGUACUUAGAAGUCGCGGACUUAUGUCCGUCACGUUUGCAGAGGCUGUGAAAAACUAAUUUACACUUUAAGUGUCCGAUCCGUGGAAGAAAUCUUCGCUAGAUCACCCUGUCACAAUUCAUUAUGUGCUCAUUUUACGAUCCUAAAGCUAGUUAACUAGAAGUUAAAAGGAACAAAGUCGAUUGUAAAUGUAGACAACCAAAUAUUUAUGUAAUUAAACCCCUAAAAAAGCACCUACUAAUUAAAAGGCUUAAUCUUGCUUAUACUUUUAACUCUCCUAAUGUACAUAACCGAACUCCCUAUGUUUUAUGUUUAAAAAUUAUAAAUAAUAUCGAAAAAUUCUUGUUUAAGAUUAAUAUUAUUAAAGGUUGUCUUAAGUGCAAACAGAAAUCUGAGAUGUCAGAUUAAAGAGUAAUCUAGAAUCAAAAUAUCCCUGUCAAUUCAAAUUAACCUUUUUUAUAUAAAACUGACGACAAUACGAAAUUAAUAGCCAUAUGAACUGU